AGAGCAGAGCGCAGGCAGUGCGGAGGACAGAGCGGCUGAGCACAGAGCGGCACACUAGAGGAGACAGGCACACUCGGAGAGAGGCAGAGCAAAGGAGGAGAGACCGCAUCACAAGGAGGAGGAGGACAGAGAAGGAGCAGAGCAUGUGAAGAGAGGACGAGAGAAAAGUUACCCGGUCAGCAAGAUAACGUGGAAGUGGAGCAGCUGAGACUCGCCUCUCUCUUUCCCACUGGAGCAGCCCGGCAGCGAGAAGCAGCAGAGGAGGAGAGUGAUAUCACAAGAGGGCACAGAGGGAGUGCUGUAACUUCUUCACAGGAAAGACAGUCCGGUCUUAAAGUCUCUUUUUGCACAGCCACUUCAUGACUAUCGCAGCAGGACAGCAGCAGGAGACACUUGUGCCUGUGUGCAGUUCUACUCACUUCUCGGCUGAAGACCUUCUCACCCAACUGUGUGCUCUGAGGUGGAUGUAGUUGGGCUUCUGGGAGUCUUUUUUUAAAAUCUUUUUGCCGCUUCAGGGUGCGAAGCAGUGGAGACUUCGGAGGGUGAUUUGUUUCCGUCCUGUGAUCCCUGAGACUAUGGUCGACUGUGCGUCAGGGAGCCCUUCAUCAGCAGCUGCAGCCCUAGAGCAUGGAGAAGUCCAGCAGUGAAGAGUCAGCCAUUCACCGUAGUCCCUCCAUAGACAGCCGCGAAUCCGAUUUUGCCCAAGCCUCCUCGUCUGGCCGUCCGUUUGGCGGCCGCGGCUUCACUGCCGGCGCGUUCUACGGCUCCACGGGGCCGCGCAAAGACGCACCGCAGGGCCAGGCUGGAGUGGCAGCUGACGCCAGUGCAGGAGACAAGACCAACAACAAGUACAGCUCACCCAAAGGCAGCAAAUACGUGGUCUUUUACCUGGAUCUAUCCUUUGUGUUCCUUUUAGAAUUCAAGAAGUGCAACAUGGCAAGGGGCUGCCUCUGCUGCUUGAAGUAUAUGAUGUUCAUCUUCAAUCUCAUCUUCUGGCUGUGCGGCUGUGGGCUGCUCGGCGUGGGCAUCUGGCUCUCGGUGUCGCAGGGCAGCUUCGCCACCUUCUCGCCCUCGUUCCCCUCGCUGUCGGCCGCCAACAUGGUCAUCGCCAUCGGCGCCAUUGUCAUGGUAACGGGCUUUCUCGGUUGCCUGGGUGCCAUCAAGGAGAACAAGUGCCUGCUUCUGAGCUUCUUCAUUGUCCUGCUGAUAAUUCUCCUGGCAGAGCUGAUAUUGCUCAUCCUGUUCUUUGUGUACUCAGAUAAGGUGAGUGAGAACGCCAAGCAGGAUCUGAAGGACGGGCUGGCUCUCUACAACUCAGAAAACAACAUUGGCCUCCGAAACGCCUGGAACAUCAUCCAGGCCGAGUGGAAGUGCUGCGGUGUGAUAGCAUACACCGACUGGCACGAGGCCCUGCAGGAGAAGGUGGUGCCUGACCGCUGCUGCCAGGAACAUUACCAGAACUGUGGGCAUAACUCCACAAACAUGUUCUGGAACAGGGGCUGCUUCGAGAAAGUGGAGGAAUGGCUGGAUGACAACAAACAGCUGCUGGGAACCAUAGGCAUGGUCAUCUUGGUCGUGCAGCUCCUGGGCAUGGCGUUCUCCAUGACGCUGUUCCACCACAUCCACAGGACGGGGAAGAAGUACGAUGCUUAGCCUUGUGGGGGAAGAGGCACCCGACGAAGAGGAGCGCCGCUGCCUGAUGGGAUGAGACUCUGAAUUAAACAGCUUCCACCCUUUACUUUACAACCUUCUUUGUCCCCCACGACCUCUUCACAGACCUUCUGUACAGAUUCCAGCUGCGUCUCUGCCCCUCUCUGCUCUUCCCUCUCGCACCAUUCAUUUUGCCAAAGAGUAACACAACUGGAAGAGAAGGGACACGGACUUUUGGCAAGGAAGAAAAUCCCAUUGGUUGUCACUGCGCUCGAGUAGUAUUUUAUUUUAUUAUCUUUUUCUUGCUUGGAUUAACUAUUUGCUGGAAGGAAAGACAGACUUUGAGACAAUGAACACUUUACGAAUGCCCGAACACCCGUCUCCAAGGCAAAGAGACAACAACUGACAACACUCUCCAACAAGUCCCCCUUUUCACUUGUAAAUGAAGAAAAGAAAAAAAGUUUCAACAUGGCAUGGUAGUUUUCUACUUUACUGAUUUACCUUUGUCGUUGAAAUGUCAAACUUCGUUUUUUUUAUUUUUUUGUAUGUCGCCAACGCUCCUGUGAGAUGUAGUGUUGAACAGAUCAGUGCAAUGGGCUCUCGGGCGGAGCUGACGUGGCGUUGCUGUGGAGGGACACGUGGGACAUGUGGGGAUGCUGAAUGAUUAUUUCCUUCUUUUUCUUUUGGCUGGAGAUGUUUUGGUAAAGCGAGCGCGAUGGAGGAACCUGUCAUGUCGGUGUGAGAAAUCAUCAUGGGAUUUAUUUUGCGCCGAAUUCUGCAGAAAAACAACAUGGUGCUAAACCAAGGGCAGGAGGGGCAAGAGCAGAGCAGACCUUCUCGUCUGCAUUCUCGAGAUCUCACCAAUUUGCUCUGCCCUGCUCACUCUUCAUCUCUCUGGCUGUCAACUCUUUCCCCUUCGAUACUUUUCUGCUUCUUUUUUAAAUUUUUUUACCAAAAGUCAGAAAGCAAUGAGCUUCAUGCUCCACAUGACAAUAGCUGACAUUCCUGCUCAUCACACAGUGACUCUGGUUUGCAACUUCAGAGAUUUCACAAAAGCUUCCCUUUCUCACAGACACAGUGCAGGGGGGUGGAGGGAGUGUAGGAGGAUGAAAGCUGAGACAGAUAUGGAUGGAUACAAACCCUAUAGGACAUGUCUGGUUCCCGCUGAUUCGCUAAAAGAGUAUCCGCUUACCUCCUUAAGACUGAAAAUACUCUAUCUGGUUUGAAAAUACCAGUGUGUCUGCUCUAGGCUUCAACAUUGCGGUGACCUUGUAAGAAUCGGUGGCGUUAGAGACCAGCUUAGUGUUCAGGGAUGAAUUCAGUUCAGGCCGUCCCUUGGUUGUGAUUGGUCCUCAGUUGUGACGGUAAACUCAGGUAAACGCAACGAGGCAAGAAACCAGCAGGCGGACCAUCAAACCGGUAGUGAACACGCCAGUAGUUUAACCACAUUAGCAUCUUAUUCAGAAAACGGAAAGGUAACUCCGGAAAGUCCGUCUGUAACCUCUGACGGACGUUUUUAACGGACAGUUGGACUCAUAGUUUCAGCGUUCGCCUUUGUUUUCCUACCAAAUAAAUGUGGCUAAUCUGGGAGUUUGUUUUCAAACCUUUAUGAUAAUCUGACUGCUAUCGGCUGAUAAUCAGAUGGAAGCUAAACCCUUUUUAUAGAAGACAUUCGGACUUGUCACAAUAAGAAAUAUCACAGGUGUAAACAAUGAAAUGAAUGAAGGCUGAAUUCCAUUUCGCUGCUUUGAUUUCAGGUCCCCGGUGCUGCUCGUGCUUGCUCACCGGAGCACUACAGAGCCGUGGUUACGAGGGAGUCACAAUGUCUCCGGUGAGAAGGGCCUCCAGCCAUGUUGCUCGUAGUCAUCACGAGUGUGACAUUGUGUGGAUAUUAGCCGGUCUCCGUUUGGGAGGGAGGGAUGACUUGCCGAUCUGAUGCGAAAAUGUCAUUUCCACAGAAACGCGAUUGCCGAAUCGCCGUUGCCGUGGUCGCUAUGGGCCGAUACAAAAGCCCCGCGCAGCCACACAGGUGUUUUCAAUUACCUCGGCUGAUUAGAUCCAUCCAUUGUGGGAAAUUGGAGGGCAUUGUUUGGGGCAUGAAUUCCACACUCCGAAUGCGGAUGCUGAAAUUGUGGUACUGGAAGAAAGAAAAAAAAGCACUGUAGAGUUUGGGGAUUGAUUUCUGGCACAGGGAGACGUCCCCAUUGCUCUCAUUUGGCUCAUUUCUUCUUCCGACAACCAAAACAAACAACCGCCAAUCAGUACAAGACCUUUUAAAUUGUUCUAUAAAGUCUGAUGUGUGGGCGGCGGUCCAAGGGGCCAUUCGAUACGUCUCUUUCCCCAUGCAACCUCUUUUUAGAGAACUUACAGCGCCAUUACAGACAUGAAUGAUGGCCCAAACUACCACAAUAAGACACGAGUCGUAAUAUAGUAGAAUUAUCAAGAGAGGACAGGUGAUCUUUUAUUGUUUGAAAACAAGGACAGAAAUCAUUGGGAGCCGAAGCGUCUCUAAAUGAUAUCCACGGUAUUUGUUGACAGGAGAGUUUGUUGCUCUGGACUCGGACACUGUGCGUAGCAGCUCCAAGGGCCAACAAGUGACCCAGCAUUACCCACCAAGACUCACUCACUAGACAUUGUUCCAGUCGGUCCUCCGAGUAUCACCUGGAGUCAUUCUUAACAGGGUUUGUUUAUUUAUUUUGUAUCGGUUUUGAUAGUGACUUCAUCUGAGAGACACAGUUUUGGGAAGAGGUCCGUGUUGCAGAAAGCAGCCGAUUUGGGCUGUUCUGUGCAGCGACCCUGCUGGCUGUGAUUCACUGGCCGCCCCCUCAUGCUCCGGCUCUUCUUGUUGUGUCCACGGGGGGAACAUGACAGCUGCUGAUGUACAGCGCAGGCACGAGUGGUCACAUCUCUUCUGCUUGGCUGCCACCACAAACUCUCCCCACAUCUCUUAUUUACUGCCGGGCUCUGCAGACACCCAGCGCCACAUUUACAGUAUAGCUGGCAGCGCUGACACUGUGGAAAUACAGCUGCGCUCUUAAAAUGCCAGGAACCAGCUGUGAGGUAUAUCCUGAACCAGCGGAGGCGGGGUUAUUGGAGUCAUAGUUCAUUUGCAGACAGGUUCAGAAAAAAAAUAAACCAGAUCAAUAUUUUGUUUGUGGCGCUUCAUCUUGCGGGGAAGUGUUUAAACUCACCGGAUGUCACCGGAAAAUGGGAGAAUGGAAUAAAGCAAAACUAGUGUCUGCUUCCUAAUCUGACAUCAUGCUUCAAAGAGCAAGCGUGCACACUCUUUGCCCCCCGACUGAUCCGAGUCUGCUGACAUCCUGACAUUUUUUUUCCUCCACCUGAACCCCCCCCCCCCCCCCAGCUCUGCCACUGUCACCUAGACAUCACGUUUUUGUAAGAGAAAGUGCUCCUUCGUGUUUGUGCAGAGAUGAGCACGGUUUUAACAAAAAGCAGAAUAAUGAGGUUAUUUUUGUACAUUAGUUGCCGCUGUUUUAAUGUUUGUUUUUAUACGAUAUACUGUUGUUUUCCUUGUUGUCGGCUGUUUUUAAAUGGCCUUUUCUUUUUUCCUUCAUGACAGAGGCUCAUAGUCUCUCAUUGUUAGAACAUGAAACCAUUGAGCAUUUGUUUUCUAAGAGGAUUAGUCUCUGCAAUGUUCCUCCACAAAUUGAAAAAGGGCCUUUCUGUAUUCAAGCAGUUAAGUCAGAAAUGAUAGAGGGGAGAAAUUUGACACAUAUAGCAUCGGGUGACGCCCACAAAAGACAUACUACACGCUUGUCUCCGUGCUUCUCUGUAUUACGACCGAGUCAAAUUAAAUAAAACGAGCUGGAAUAAUCUGCAGUAUGUCUUUUACAACAUGCCAGUGUCAGACUCAUUAUGUAUUUCUAGAGCCUGAUGUAUGAGAUGACACUGUACAACACAGAGUUCAUGCCACUGCAGUAUAUCAGCCCUGUACGUUAGCCCCAGAUGUAAAUAUGCUCAUUUUACAAAGGAUGUAACAUACUGUUAUACUUUACCUCUUGUAAACACAGUGACAGUUUAAUUGCCAUUGUGAAUUGCCUAACAACCCAUGAUCUUCUGUGCUCAUGUGCGGACAUACCCUCCAGCCAUGUGUUAUUCAUUCUCUCAUGUCUGAUAGUUGCCUGCCUCUGUGAAGCGCAGGAGCAGUUUCAAUUUGAUGUAAAGUUGUGUUUUUGUCGGUAUGGUUUUCAUAUUUUAUUUGCAUCUUGUAGACACAUUUCCUUCCAUAUGAUCUUUUUUUUCGUUUUUAUUAGGAGUAUAAAGUAUUCCCUCUUAUCUAUGGAUGGUUUUGUCUGCUGUGAAGAAUUUUUGAGACCUAGAAGCUAUUUUUUAUUUAAUUUUUUUUGCCACCUCCGACAUAUUAUUUCUGUAAUCUCCUCCUAAUCCCUCUCCUGUGCAACAGCUGAAUAUCUGAGCGGUGGAAACGUAUGCUCUGGAAAUGGUGUGUUUGAUGUUGUGUUCUGCUGGGGGACUAUCUCAUAGCUGCCAGCCCCGUCCUGUGGAGUGUUCAUGCUACAUGUGAAAGCACUCUGAAUAUCUAUACUAGGUGGUGCACUACCUUCUUAUUAUUCUCUAAAUCAAUUAUUUUUUAAAUAAAGUAAAGUGUCACAAAAACCCACGACACCGUACGCUCAUUGCCUGUUUAAUGACUCGAUGCUCCUGAUGUAUUCCCUUUCUAUGUCACCGUCAAUUAUUCAGGCGUCAUUUAAACAGUGUUUUGAUGCAGAAUUUUGGCAAGGGUUGGAAGAUGGGACUUGGCUCGAAGAGCAAAGGGAAGCGAUGUCACAGCAGAUCCCGCGGUGUAUUAAAUAAAACCGAGUGGAAUCGCCGCCUUCAAGAGGCCUCUCUUUUAAAAGAAUGACAAAACCUGGGGGACUGUUGUCCUAAAGACGCUGAGAUGGGCUAAUGGUAGUCAGAGAGUCGAGAAGAGUUUUUUGUUUUGUGUUGUCAGAACAAAAGGGAGAUGAUGAAAGUGGGAGAUCUCGCCCUUUUGUCUCUCGUUUCUGCGGCGUGGAGUGAGCAGCAGAGUAUUUUUGUACGGAGCUGUGUCCCUUUUUUUAACCGAAUUGUUUUCAGGCCCUGGUGUGAUAGUGGAGUUCAUUGUGCCAUUCCAUUCUGGCUUUCUGUUUUACAUCCCUGUUCCUUCUAUGCAAAAAUAUGACCUAUUUUAGCCUUUGUACAGAUUAUUUUGUAUGAGUAACAUGUACUGAAAUAAAGUAAACAGAAUCAACCGUG